AGUGCACUUCGAGAAAUGGGUGUCGUGUCGUUCGCUGUUGGAAUAAGAAAUGCAGACAACCGAGAACUGCAGGCACUUUCUUAUGGGCCCGACUUUGCUUUCACCACAUCUGAGUUCUCAGGGCUGCCCAGCGUCCAGCAGCAGAUUGUAUCUUCAUUGAGGGGAAUUGCUGAGGAAAGCACAGAGGAGCCACUAGUCAGUUUAGCUGCUCCCAUGGAUGUGGUCUUUCUGCUUGACGGUUCUGAUGAUACUAAAAACACAUUCCCUGUGAUGCGCGAUUUUGUUCAGCGCAUAGUGGAGAUGCUGGAGGUGCAGGAAAACAAACAUCGGGUGGCAGUGGUGCAAUACAGCAAUGAGCAGGACGCCAGCCUCUUCCUCAACACGUACUUCACUAAGGGAGAUGUGCUGAAUGCAGUGCGGGCCCUCAGGCACAAAGGCGGCCGGCCUCUGAACACUGGCGCAGCUCUUCAGUUUGUGAGAGACGCCAUCUUGAGCGGCGCUGCGGGCGGCAGACACGCCAGUGGUGUCCCCCAGAUCUUAAUUCUCUUAAGUGCGGGCACAUCUGGAGAUGAUGUUAGAGCGCCAAGCAGCGCUCUUAAAAGAAGUGGUGUGCUCCUAUUUGCCAUCGGAACCAAAAACACCGACAGUGAAGAACUUGAGAUGCUUUCCCACAACGCCACUUUUACACUCUCUUUAACUAAUUUCUCUGAUCUGCCAAAUGUCCAGGAGCAGUUAGUAAGGUCUAUGAAGGCCAUUUCUAGAAGGAGGGCCACACAGUCACCGCUCAUUCCAGUGGGUGUGGAUGGCACUCAAAGAGAUGUGGUCUUUCUGCUCGAUGGGUCCAAUGACACUAGACACGCAUUCCCCGCCAUGCGUGAUUUUGUUCGAAGGAUAGUGGAGACUCUGGAUGUGCAGGAAAACCAGGAUCGUGUAGCAGUGGUGCAAUACAGCAAUGACCAGGAUGCCAGGCUAUUCUUAAAUACGCAUUUCAGUAUGGAAGAAGUGCUCAAUGCCAUCCGAGGCCUCAGACAUAAAGGAGGCAGACCUCUAAACACCGGCGCGGCGCUGCGCUUUGUCAAGGACAACGUCUUCAGCAGCUCUGCCGGCGGCAGGCCUGCUGACGUCCCGAAGAUCCUAAUUGUGUUAAGUGGAGGACCAUCUGCAGAUGAUGUUCAGCGCCCUUCUGCUGCUCUCAAACAAAAGGGAGUUUUGUCAUUUAGCAUCAGAGCCAGAAGUGCAGAUGACCCGGAGCUGGCAGCACUUUCUUACCACGCUGACUACGCUCUCCGUGUGCCUGACUUGUCCGACCUUCCGAGCAUCCAGCAAGAGCUGGUAUCCACUUUAAGGACGCUUUCCAAGAAGAGGCAGCUGGGAGCACCAACCGUCACGGGUGUCCAGCGAGAUAUUGUGUUUUUGCUUGACGGUUCUGAUGAUAAUCGAAAUGGAUUUCCAGCAGUCCGUGAUUUUGUCCAAAGAGUCGUUCAAAACAUGGAAGUGGGUGAAAACAAUGACCAGGUGGCUGUGGUGCAAUUCAGCAAUGACCCAGCUGCUAAUUUUUAUCUAAACACUCACUCGACCAAAGAUGACGUUGUGAAUGCCAUACGAAGUCUGAGACACAAAGGAGGCAGACCCCUCAACACGGGGAAGGCACUUGAAUUUGUCAAGGACAAUGUCUUCAAUCCUUCAGCAGGCAGCAGGCGUCUCCGGGGCGUCCCUCAGUUUUUGAUCCUGCUGACUGCAGGGAGAUCGAGGGAUAACGUCCAGAGUGGGGCCUCAGCCUUGAAAGGCCUUGGAGUCGUGCCUUUGGCCAUUGGCACCAGGAACGCAGACGCCCGAGAGCUGCAGAGUAUCUCAUUUGCGCCUGCUUAUGUCAUUUCUGUGUCGGACUUCUCUGAACUUCCAAAUGUUCAGCAGCAGUUGGAGUCUGUCACGUUAGUGAUUCCUGAAGUGGUGACAGCAGAAACUCCAACGGUCACAGGUGUCCAGCGAGAUAUUGUGUUUUUGCUUGACGGUUCUGAUGAUAAUCGAAAUGGAUUUCCAGCAGUCCGUGAUUUUGUCCAAAGAGUCGUUCAAAACAUGGAAGUGGGUGAAAACAAUGACCAGGUGGCUGUGGUGCAAUUCAGCAAUGACCCGGCCGCUAAUUUUUAUCUAAACACUCACUCGACCAAAGAUGACGUUGUGAAUGCCAUACGAAGUCUGAGACACAAAGGAGGCAGACCCCUCAACACGGGGAAGGCACUUGAAUUUGUCAAGGACAAUGUCUUCAAUCCUUCAGCAGGCAGCAGGCGUCUCCGGGGCGUCCCACAGUUUUUGAUCCUGCUGACCGCAGGGAGAUCGAGGGAUAACGUCCAGAGUGGGGCCUCAGCCUUGAAAGGCCUUGGAGUCGUGCCUUUGGCCAUUGGCACCAGAAACGCGGACGCCCAAGAGCUUCAGAGUAUCUCAUUUGCGCCUGCUUAUGUCAUUUCUGUGUCGGACUUCUCUGAACUUCCAAAUGUUCAGCAGCAGUUGGAGUCUGUCACGUUAGUAAUUCCAGAAGUGGUGACAGCAGAAACUCCAACGGUCGCAGGUGUCCAGCGAGAUAUUGUGUUUUUGCUUGACGGUUCUGAUGAUAAUCGAAAUGGAUUUCCAGCAGUCCGUGAUUUUGUCCAAAGAGUCGUUCAAAACAUGGAAGUGGGUGAAAACAAUGACCAGGUGGCUGUGGUGCAAUUCAGCAAUGACCCGGCCGCUAAUUUUUAUCUAAACACUCACUCGACCAAAGAUGACGUUGUGAAUGCCAUACGAAGUCUGAGACACAAAGGAGGCAGACCCCUCAACACGGGGAAGGCACUUGAAUUUGUCAAGGACAAUGUCUUCAAUCCUUCAGCAGGCAGCAGGCGUCUCCGGGGCGUCCCACAGUUUUUGAUCCUGCUGACCGCAGGGAGAUCGAGGGAUAACGUCCAGAGUGGGGCCUCAGCCUUGAAAGGCCUUGGAGUCAUGCCUUUGGCCAUUGGCACCAGGAACGCGGACGCCCAAGAGCUUCAGAGUAUCUCAUUUGCGCCUGCUUAUGUCAUUUCUGUGUCGGACUUCUCUGAACUUCCAAAUGUUCAGCAGCAGUUGGAGUCUGUCACGUUAGUAAUUCCAGAAGUGGUGACAGCAGAAACUCCAACGGUCGCAGGUGUCCAGCGAGAUAUUGUGUUUUUGCUUGAUGGUUCUGAUGAUAAUCGAAAUGGAUUUCCAGCAGUCCGUGAUUUUGUCCAAAGAGUCGUUCAAAACAUGGAAGUGGGUGAAAACAAUGACCAGGUGGCUGUGGUGCAAUUCAGCAAUGACCCGGCCGCUAAUUUUUAUCUAAACACUCACUCGACCAAAGAUGACGUUGUGAAUGCCAUACGAAGUCUGAGACACAAAGGAGGCAGACCCCUCAACACGGGGAAGGCACUUGAAUUUGUCAAGGACAAUGUCUUCAAUCCUUCAGCAGGCAGCAGGCGUCUCCGGGGCGUCCCACAGUUUUUGAUCCUGCUGACCGCAGGGAGAUCGAGGGAUAACGUCCAGAGUGGGGCCUCAGCCUUGAAAGGCCUUGGAGUAGUGCCUUUGGCCAUUGGCACCAGGAACGCAGAUGCCCGCGAGCUGCAGAGUAUCUCAUUUGCGCCUGCUUAUGUCAUUUCUGUGUCGGACUUCUCUGAACUUCCAAAUGUUCAGCAACAGUUGGAGUCUGUCACGUUAGUGAUUCCUGAAGUGGUGACAGCAGAAACUCCAACUGUCGCAGGUGUCCAGCGAGAUAUUGUGUUUUUGCUUGAUGGUUCUGAUGAUAAUCGAAAUGGAUUUCCAGCAGUCCGUGAUUUUGUCCAAAGAGUCGUUCAAAACAUGGAAGUGGGUGAAAACAAUGACCAGGUGGCUGUGGUGCAAUUCAGCAAUGACCCGGCCGCUAAUUUUUAUCUAAACACUCACUCGACCAAAGAUGACGUUGUGAAUGCCAUACGAAGUCUGAGACACAAAGGAGGCAGACCCCUCAACACGGGGAAGGCACUUGAAUUUGUCAAGGACAAUGUCUUCAAUCCUUCAGCAGGCAGCAGGCGUCUCCGGGGCGUCCCACAGUUUUUGAUCCUGCUGACCGCAGGGAGAUCGAGGGAUAACGUCCAGAGUGGGGCCUCAGCCUUGAAAGGCCUUGGAGUCGUGCCUUUGGCCAUUGGCACCAGGAACGCAGACGCCCAAGAGCUUCAGAGUAUCUCAUUUGCGCCUGCUUAUGUCAUUUCUGUGUCGGACUUCUCUGAACUUCCAAAUGUUCAGCAGCAGUUGGAGUCUGUCACGUUAGUAAUUCCAGAAGUGGUGACAGCAGAAACUCCAACGGUCGCAGGUGUCCAGCGAGAUAUUGUGUUUUUGCUUGAUGGUUCUGAUGAUAAUCGAAAUGGAUUUCCAGCAGUCCGUGAUUUUGUCCAAAGAGUCGUUCAAAACAUGGAAGUGGGUGAAAACAAUGACCAGGUGGCUGUGGUGCAAUUCAGCAAUGACCCGGCCGCUAAUUUUUAUCUAAACACUCACUCGACCAAGGAUGACGUUGUGAAUGCCAUACGAAGUCUGAGACACAAAGGAGGCAGACCCCUCAACACGGGGAAGGCACUUGAAUUUGUCAAGGACAAUGUCUUCAAUCCUUCAGCAGGCAGCAGGCGUCUCCGGGGCGUCCCACAGUUUUUGAUCCUGCUGACUGCAGGGAGAUCGAGGGAUAACGUCCAGAGUGGGGCCUCAGCCUUGAAAGGCCUUGGAGUAGUGCCUUUGGCCAUUGGCACCAGGAACGCAGACGCCCGCGAGCUUCAGAGUAUCUCAUUUGCGCCUGCUUAUGUCAUUUCUGUGUCGGACUUCUCUGAACUUCCAAAUGUUCAGCAGCAGUUGGAGUCUGUCACGUUAGUGAUUCCUGAAGUGGUGACAGCAGAAACUCCAACGGUCGCAGGUGUCCAGCGAGAUAUUGUGUUUUUGCUUGAUGGUUCUGAUGAUAAUCGAAAUGGAUUUCCAGCUGUCCGUGAUUUUGUCCAAAGAGUCGUUCAAAACAUGGAAGUGGGUGAAAACAAUGACCAGGUGGCUGUGGUGCAAUUCAGCAAUGACCCGGCCGCUAAUUUUUAUCUAAACACUCACUCGACCAAAGAUGACGUUGUGAAUGCCAUACGAAGUCUGAGACACAAAGGAGGCAGACCCCUCAACACGGGGAAGGCACUUGAAUUUGUCAAGGACAAUGUCUUCAAUCCUUCAGCAGGCAGCAGGCAUCUCCGGGGCGUCCCACAGUUUUUGAUCCUGCUGACCGCAGGGAGAUCGAGGGAUAAUGUCCAGAGUGGGGCCUCAGCCUUGAAAGGCCUUGGAGUUGUGCCUUUGGCCAUUGGCACCAGGAACGCAGACGCCCGAGAGCUUCAGAGUAUCUCAUUUGCGCCUGCUUAUGUCAUUUCUGUGUCGGACUUCUCUGAACUUCCAAAUGUUCAGCAGCAGUUGGAGUCUGUCACGUUAGUAAUUCCAGAAGUGGUGACAGCAGAAACUCCAACGGUCGCAGGUGUCCAGCGAGAUAUUGUGUUUUUGCUUGAUGGUUCUGAUGAUAAUCGAAAUGGAUUUCCAGCAGUCCGUGAUUUUGUCCAAAGAGUCGUUCAAAACAUGGAAGUGGGUGAAAACAAUGACCAGGUGGCUGUGGUGCAAUUCAGCAAUGACCCGGCCGCUAAUUUUUAUCUAAACACUCACUCGACCAAAGAUGACGUUGUGAAUGCCAUACGAAGUCUGAGACACAAAGGAGGCAGACCCCUCAACACGGGGAAGGCACUUGAAUUUGUCAAGGACAAUGUCUUCAAUCCUUCAGCAGGCAGCAGGCGUCUCCGGGGCGUCCCACAGUUUUUGAUCCUGCUGACUGCAGGGAGAUCGAGGGAUAACGUCCAAAGUGGGGCCUCAGCCUUGAAAGGCCUUGGAGUCGUGCCUUUGGCCAUUGGCACCAGGAACGCAGACACCCGCGAGCUGCAGAGUAUCUCAUUUGCGCCUGCUUAUGUCAUUUCUGUGUCGGACUUCUCUGAACUUCCAAAUGUUCAGCAGCAGUUGGAGUCUGUCACGUUAGUGAUUCCUGAAGUGGUGACAGCAGAAACGCCAACCACAGAAGUUGAAAGCGAAGGCGCCAAAAAGGACGUUGUCUUCGUAAUCGAUGGCUCUGAUGAUGCAUGCGCGUUUUUCAUGAGCCGCCCCUGUGGUGUGCUGACUGAGGGCUUUGCUGUCACCGGCCGCUCCUCUUCCAUGGAUCCUGUCCGUUUUUUUUGUUUUUCUGCUACAGGUGUAUUUGGUGAAAAACGGGACAUCGUCUUCUUAGUUGACGGCAGCAGCAAUGUGAGAAACGAGUUUGGCGCCAUCCUUGACAUGAUCUCAAAAGUAGUGAAACGGGUAGACGUGGGCUUGGACAAAAUGCGAGUGUCGCUGGUGCAGUACAGCGAUCAGCCCAAGGUCGAGUUCUUGCUGAACGAGUUCUCAACAAAAGACGAAGUGCUGAACGCCCUGAACAGGAUGAGAAGCAAAGGCGGAAACGUCGUAAACACGGGCAGAGCCCUGGAAUAUGUGGAAAGAAAUGUCUUCCAGAGGGCGGGGGGCAGCCGAAUUGAAGAAGCGGUUCCUCAAGUACUCGUGGUAGUGACUUGCAGCCCGUCUUCUGACGAUGUCUCUGGCCCCGCCGAACAGCUCUGAUCGAGCAAUAUGGCCCCUCUGGCUGUUGGAGCCAAGAACGCCGAUGCAGAAGAGCUGAAGACGAUCUCGCUCCUGCCGGACCAGUCUUUCGUUGUGAGAGAAAUCCGUGACCUGCAGAACCUCGAGGACCAAGUGGUGAAUGCUGUGAAAACGGUGAAGAUAACUGACCGGCCAACACCUCCGCCAAUAAUCAUCCCAGACCUUGGAAAGAAGGAUAUCAUCUUCCUUAUCGAUGGCUCUACCAACAUAGGCCCACAAGGCAUCAUGCACAUCCGCGAUUUCAUGCUGCAGGUCCUUCAGCAGCUCGACAUCAGCCCUGAUCAGAUUCGUGUCGCCGUUGUCCAGUACAGCAACACCCAGAAGACGGAGUUCUCCCUCGGGACACACACCAACAAAAAUGCCGUUAUAAAUGCAGUGAGGAGGCUUCAACAGCUAGGGGGCUCUCCUGCCAACCUCGCCCAGGGCAUCGACUAUGUUUUGCAAAAUGAACUUCGAGAUUCCGCCAGAGCCCGGCCCUCAGUUGCCUCACAGCACCUGGUGGUCCUCACGGGUGGCAGCUCAUCCACUGAUGUCAGCAAGUAUGGCAACAUACUAAGAGGCUCCAACGUGAACUGCAUUGGAAUCGGAUCACGGGAGGCUGACUUCAACCAGCUAGGUGCCAUCGCCACCACUCCUGAUGACAUCCUCAGAGUGAAUAACUUGCAGGCUCUCAUCAAUAUCCCGGAGCGAGUCCUGGUACGACUCAGUAAAGGAAGCAUACCCACCAAGGUGCCACAUACAGAAGUGCCAGUACCGGAGAUUAAACCCAAAAUUGCGGACAUUGUGUUCCUCGUGGAUGGUACAAUUAAUUUUGGUCGGGGCAGUUUCAAAGAGGUGAUGUAUUUCAUAAUCGAAUUAAUUGACUCCGUCUACGAUGAGAAGGACUCCAUUCAGAUCGGUUUGGCUCAGUACGCUGCAGACGUAAAGGAUGAGUUUCUCCUCAACACCCAUAAGACCAAAGAUGACAUCAUAGACGCCAUUGAGAAAACAAACCACCGCGGGGGCAACAGGCUUAACACAGGUGCAGCCAUCAAGCACAUUCAGGAUAAGCACUUCAUCAAGCCCUCUGGAAGCAGGCGAGACCAAGGCGUGCCACAGAUUGCCUUCAUCGUGACCGGUGGGAAGUCCCUGGAUGACGGCCAGAAGGCGGCUAUGGGGCUUAAGGCGGAGGGCUACCGUGUGUACGCAGUUGGCGUGGGCAAUGUGGAAGAUGAACUCAAUAAGCUUGGCAGUGAAAGCACCACCGUGUUCAGAGCAGUAAAUGUCCAGGAGCUCAGUGAGCUCAAUGAGCAGAUCCUAGUAACACUGGUGGACGACAUGAAGGUCAUCAAGCUAUGCACUGGCACCAAAGAUGUUGUCAAAGGUAAGAAUCUGAGGCCAUUAUGCGCAGAAUGCAAUCUUGAGGUCCUAGUAGGAUUUGAUGUGACUAACGUAAAACCUGGAUCGAGCAUUUUUGUAGAACAGAAGGGACUAGAGUCCAAGGUGGAAGCUGCACUCCAGAGGAUUUCAAAAAUGAGACCCACCAGCUGCUCUGGGACUCAGGCGCCCACCGUCCGAGUUGGCAUACUGGCAUUAAAUGCAGCAGGACAGAAAUCAGUAUUUGACUUUGCUGCUUACAAGCCCGAGCUGGUGGAGAAGUUCAGAGGUCUGCACACAAAGGGACCUUACAUCCUGGCCUCCAGAACAAUUAACGCCUACAGAGAUCAGUUCAAGAGCAGCGGCACGGCGGGCUCAGUUAAAGUGGUCAUUCAUUUCACCGAUGGUGCAGACGAGCAGCUGGCAGACAUCAGGAAAUCCCUAGAAGCCAUGCGCAGUGAAGACGUGAGUGCCUUCGUCUUGGUGGGCCUGGAGAAGGCAACUAACUUCGAUGAUCUGGUGUCGCUGGAGUUUGGCCGUGGAUUCCGAUACAGCAAACCUCUUCGGAUAAACCAGCUGGAUCUCGAUUAUGAGCUGCUGGAAGAACUGGACAACAUUACAGAGCGAGCCUGCUGUGGUGUUCCGUGCAAGUACUCUGGUCAGCGAGGAGACAGAGGCCUGCCAGGGCCAGUGGGCACAAAGGGAGGACCAGGAGGACCAGGAUACCGAGGUCAUCCGGGAGAUGAAGGCAGCCCGGGUGAGCGAGGCCCCCCAGGAGUGAACGGAACGCAAGGCUUCCAAGGCUGUCCUGGACAAAGAGGCGUCAAAGGCUCCUGUGGCAACUCUGGAGAGAAGGGUCAAGAAGGAGAAAUUGGUUUGGAUGGAAUCGAUGGAGAGGAGGGAGACCGGGGACUGCCAGGCCCUCCAGGAGAGAAGGGAGGCUCCGGUGGACGGGGUUCAAAGGGUGCCAAAGGAGAGAGUGGCGAAAGGGGAGACAGCGGCCUGCGCGGAGAUCCAGGAACGCCAGGAACAGAAAACACCCAGAGAGGAUCGAAGGGGCAGAAAGGAGACAUGGGGCCGAUGGGUGAGCCUGGUGAAGAUGGCAUCAAGGGGACACCCGGGGUUCCUGGAAAGAGGGGUUCUGACGGUAGAAGGGGGCCUUCUGGACCACAGGGUGUCUCCGGGGCACUGGGACCUCAGGGCUCAGCUGGAGACUCAGGAACAAGAGGAACUCAGGGCACGCUGGGCCCCAUGGGCGCUCCUGGGAUCCGAGGAGAGAACGGCAAUCCAGGCCCGAGGGGUGUUGCUGGUCCUGUUGGCCCCCCAGGUGAACGUGGCCGACGUGGUCCUAAUGGAAGGAAGGGAGAACCGGGCGAUCCAGGAGACAAAGGAGUGGGCGGUCCACAGGGUCCCAGAGGAGAAUCGGGUGAAGAUGGAAGGGAUGGCUUUGGCACAUCAGGACCGAAAGGAAGAAAGGGGGACUCAGGCUUCCCAGGAUACCAAGGCCUCAAGGGAGAAGCUGGAGACGGUGGAACAAAAGGAGCUCUUGGUCCAAAAGGAAACCGCGGCAGACGGGGGAACGCAGGGGACGGUGGACCUGAAGGACAAAAGGGAGAGCGAGGCUACCCAGGACCUUACGGUCAGAAAGGACCACAGGGCGCAGGCAUAGCGCAAUGUGACCUUGUGAAGAACAUACGGGACAAAUGCCGUAAACAAACAGAUCUGCUGCCAGGAUGGAGGGGCGUCACAUUGGCCUUGCCGGGCCGCUCUGGCUCCCUUCCUCGCUCCUCUGAUGUUUUUCCAUUGAUGAAGAACGUGGUGGGCCGCUGCGCCGCGCCGCGCUCUGCUGUUCUGUGCUGCUGUUGUUUGCCUUGGCCGUUUCUCACACAUUUUUCUUUUCUUUUCUUUCCAGCUUGCUGCUACGGCUCCCAGGAGUGCCCCCUGUACCCAACUGAGUUGGCAUUCGUUGUUGAUUCCUCACAAGGAGUGCCCAGGGAGGUGUUUAGCCGCAUGAAACGCACCAUCCUCAGCAUUGUCAACAAUCUGACGAUCACGGAGAGCAACUGUCCGAGAGGGGCGAGGGUGGCGCUGCUCUCCUUCAACAACGAGGUCGCCACGGAAAUCCGCUUUGCUGACAACCUGAAGAAGAAGCCCCUGGUCCAGAAGAUCGAGGAGCUGCAGUACCUGGCGACGACCAAGGAGCGCAGUCUGGAGACAGCCAUGCACUUCGUGGCUCGUAACACAUUCAAGCGAGUGCGCAGUGGCUUCCUCAUGAGGAAGGUGGCCAUCUUCUUCACCGGGGCGCCCGUCAAGAGUUCCUCUACGCUGGGCACGGCCGCCAUGAAGCUGUACGAUUCCGGCAUCUCUACCGUCUUCCUCACUCCCCGGGAUGACCGGGUGCUCGCCCAGGCCGUGCAGAUCAAUGGAACUGGCAUGGCGCAAGUUCUCACACUUCCUGCUCCAGAAGGCCAGUUUAACCAGGCCCUCAAGAAGGUGGUCAACUGCCACGUCUGCCUGGAUUUCUGCAGCCCAGAUGCUUCUUGUGACUUUGUUCCUCCCGUGUCAUCAAGAGAGAGAAGAUCUUCAACAUUUGAUGUGGACAUCGAUAUCGCCUUCAUCCUGGACAGUUCAGAGACCACCACCCCCCUCCAGUUUCUGGAAAUGAAGCGCUACAUCGCCAGCAUGGUGGACCACAUGGAGAUCACCGCUGACCCCAAAGCAUCAGAGCAUCACGCCAGGGUGGCCAUCGUCCAGCACGCACCCUUUGAGUUCAAGCGGAACCGAAGCUCGACUCCCGCCAGGGUGGAGGUGGGCCUGACCGACUAUUCAUCUAAGGAGGGCAUUAAGGACUUUCUCGCCAACACGAUGACUCAACUGGAAGGAGUGCGGGCCUUGGAUCGUGCCAUCGAGUACACCGUCGAGGACUUGUUUCACAAAGUGCCACACCCUCGUCCUUUGAAGGUCAUCGUGCUGAUGGUGACCGGAGAGAUACCUGAAGGUGACCUGGGACGGCUGCAGAAGACCGUGGUGGAGGCCAAGUGCAGAGGCUUCUUCGUUGUGGUGCUCGGAAUUGGCAAGCAAGUGAGUGUCAAGGACCUGUCUGCCUUGGCCAGCGAGCCCACCGAUGUCUUCUUCAAGAAAGUGGAGAAGGUGUCGUUCUUUUAUGAGGAGCGCCUGCAGCGGUUUGCCCGUUUAAUUCCAAAGUUUAUCAGUGCCGAGAACGCCUUUUACCUUCCGAUGGAGGUGCGUAAGCAUUGUGAUUGGUUCCAGAACGAUGACCCGAUGAAGACCCCCUUCAGACCGCCACAAAAGCAGGAGAAUGUCAAAGAAAAAAUUGCGACAGAGCCAGUCAGUAGGCACCAAGAGCCCAAGAGCGCCACCGUGCAUGCCAGUAAUGUGACCGCAGACAGCGUAGUACUGCAAUGGGCGAAGCUGGAGGAGAAGGCGGACGCGCGGUAUGAGGUGACGGUGACCAAAGUGGCCGACCAGGCGCUGGUGCUGAAGAAGAACGUCACAGAAAGCGAGCUCUUCAUCCGCGACCUCGAGAGCAGCCAGGAAUACCGAGUGCUUGUCACGGAGUACGUGGGCGGCGAGCUCAGAGCUCUGCACCGAGGGACGGUGACAACUGGACGAGCUGAGAAGGUGACUGCUGGAGGAGAUGCCGAAGCGGGCGUGAACGCCAGUGCGGUGCCACAGGAGACUCCAGGGAAGUUGGACACGCAACCGCUAGACAACGCGACAGCCGCUUGGGGGCUUACCUAUCCGUGCACUCUGAACUUUGACCCCGGAAUGCAGUGCAAAGACUAUCAGGCUAAGUGGUUCUUUGACACCAAAAGCGGGAUCUGUACCCAGUUCUGGUACGGAGGGUGUGGCGGGAAUGCCAAUAGAUUUGAAUCUGAGGCCGAGUGCGUUAAGCACUGCUUGAGACCAUCCGCCGAGAGCAGCAUGCCGGCUCCCCGACUGGAGGACGUCCGCUUCCCAGAUUUCUGCCAGCUUGACAAAGUUGAAGGACCGUGUGCCAACUUCACCCUGAGGUGGUACUACGAUGUGAAACUGAAGGAGUGCACGCGCUUCUGGUACGGAGGGUGUGACGGAAAUGAGAACCGCUUCGAGACCCAAGAGGAGUGCGAGAAGACGUGCGUCUCAGGACAAGUCACCGCUGGAGUCGUCGGAGCCAUCGGCACAUAAGCCUCAAGACGGAGCAAUCAACAGUUACCUCUGGAGAAGGCAGGAGACGAGCCCGUCGAGGGUCCACGAGAGCCCCCCUCUCUUUACUCACAAAGGCUGCAUGGUGUAUCUUCUGGUGCUGGCACUCCGGUGUCUCCUAUGUAUCGUCACAUUCCCACGUGUCGCGUCUCCGCCCGUCGGUGGCUGUGCAGCGGCGAGGAGGGUCCGAGUCCUCGUCUCGCUACCCGUUCGUUGUCUUCGCUCCUCUAGCUUAGUGGCGCCUCAGUGGGGGGCUCGUCACGGUGUUUACAGCUCGAAAUGCACUACUGGGACGCACCUCUGCGAGACCCCCACGUCCAGUCCUUACAAAUGGAAUGUACUUCUUCUUCUUCUUCUUCUUCUUAGCGGGGCUUUCAUUUUUGUUUGUUUGUUUGUUUGUUUUCUUUUUUGUGACGGGAAAGGGGCGGACUUUCUAAUAAAAAGACGUCAUUUGGACA